AUGGAGCUCCUUUGUAUGUUUUGCCUGCCUCUGCUUCUGGUCCUUUCUCUGAAGUGUUCAGCUGCGGCCCCUGCACUUUUCGCAUUGCCACGUACAUCCAACUGGAAAGACUUCUAUAUUGCCCAGGAAUACCUCGACAAGUAUUACACACCAAAGGGAGGACACCAACUUGGAGAGAUGGUCAGCGGUGGCAAUGCCUUGACAAAGAAGGUUCAACAAAUGCAGGCCUUCUUUGGCCUGCAGGUCACUGGGAAACUGGACUAUAAGACCAUGGAUGUAAUAAAGAGGCCGCGGUGUGGCGUCCCUGAUGUAGCCAACUAUCGCCUCUUCCCAGGAGAACCUAAGUGGAAGAAAAGUACCUUGACAUACAGAGUAUCCAAAUAUACACCCAGCCUAAGUCACAUGGAAGUUGACAAGGCUGUGGAGAUGGGGCUGAGAGCCUGGAGCAACGCUGCCCCUUUGAACUUCGUAAAGGCAGACUCAGGAGAAGCAGAUAUCAUGAUCUCAUUUCAAAGUGGAGAUCAUGGGGACUCCUACCCAUUUGAUGGGCCACGGGGGACAUUAGCGCAUGCUUUUGCACCUGGGGAUGGACUGGGUGGAGACACUCAUUUUGACAACGCAGAGAAGUGGACAAUGGGGAUGAAUGGAUUUAACUUAUUUACUGUGGCUGCUCAUGAAUUUGGCCAUGCACUUGGCUUAGCCCAUUCUACUGACCCAUCAGCUUUGAUGUAUCCAACAUACAAAUAUCAACAUCCAUUUGGCUUCCGUCUCCCCAAAGAUGACGUAAAGGGGAUCCAAGCACUAUAUGGGCCACGACAAUCUGGAUCCAGGAUACCACAAGUACCUCAUCAGCCUCUUCCCAAACCACCAACUCCAGCUGAUCCAGACCACUGUGACUCUAGAUUUUCAUUUGAUGCUGUCACAAUGCUGGGGAAAGAACUUCUUUUCUUCAAGGACAGGCUCUUCUGGAGAAGGCAGGCUCAGCUAACUACAAAUGUACGGCCUCUCUCCAUCACAAGCUCUUUCCCUCAGCUCAUGUCAAAUGUAGAUGCUGCCUAUGAAGUAGCCGAAAGAGGAGUUGCAUAUUUUUUCAAGGGACCUCAUUACUGGACAACCCGUGGGUUCCAAAUGCAGGGCCCUCCUCGGACCAUUGGAGACUUUGGGUUUUCUGGGAAUGUGCAGCACAUAGAUGCAGCCGUCUACCUGAAGGACGAAAAGAAGACACUCUUCUUUAUAGGAGAUGAAUAUUACAGCUAUGAUGAAGCAAAGAGAAAAAUGGAGAAGGACUUCCCAAAGAGCAUUGAGGACGAGUUCUCAGGAAUCAGUGGCAGAAUAGACGCAGCAGUAGAGGUAAACGGAUUCAUUUACUUCUUUUCGGGCCCCAAAGCCUAUAAAUAUGAUAAGGAAAAGGAAGAUGUGGUGAAUGUUGUGAAAUCCAGCUCCUGGGUAGGCUGCUGAACUAAAAUAGGCACUGGAUGAUCACAGCAACCUGGGAGAUCUUGAAAACUCAUACCAUCUCAGGCAGCACCGAAGAUUUUCACUUCCUGUGACCUUUUCUUCUGAAGAACGAUGCCAAAGGAUUGUCGUCAUCAUCAUCAUCAUCAUCAUCAUCAUUAAAGUCAGGGGGAAGAGAGAAAUGAGUUCAAAUAAAUAACACACUCCAUAUCAAAGACAUUAAAGAAUUGCUUAGCCCAUACAUUUUAUGGAUAUGCCCA